AUGCUUUCGUGCUGCCCAGCCGUGCGUUUCUUACUGGUCGCCCUACUGAGCCCUGUCACAAUCAUCUCGGCUCAGACGCUAUGCGACCGGAGGUCUCACAACGUCACCUCGAUCGAACAACUGAGCCGGCUGAGGGGAUGCAGGGUCGUCCAGACGCUGCGGUUCAGCUCUGGCGCGCUCAACGGCACCCGUGACAUCUCUUUGGACGGAAUCGAGGAGGCCAAAGAAAUCUCCAUCGGAGGCCGCGGGUGCGGCGAAGUCCCAUGCACCGCCCCGACCCCCGAGACGGAACUGAGGUUCCACAGCACAACCCUCAGACGCGCCGGGGGGUUGAACGUGUACUUUGGCGCCGACCACCUCGUCGAGCUGUCCCUGCCGAACCUUGAGUCCGUCGACGAGGGCGUGACUAUCAGCUCGAGAAGCCUGCGCACCUUCAACGUCAAGGGCUUGAGGCGCCUGGGCGCGCUGAGCAUCUACGCACCGGAACUGUCCAACCUCACCAUCGACGGGCUGCAGGGGUUCAAUCCCGGCCGGGACGGAGACAAUAAUUCGGUGCACAUUGACCGGACCGCUUUGACCUCGCUCGACAACCUUUUCGGCCGCCCGAUGGACGCGAGUGCUCGUCAGCCAGGCGUCAAGUCUGUAGUGAGCAUCCAUACCAACUCGCUGCCCAACGUUCGACGCAUCAACUUUGCCUGGAACAACUUGGACACCCUGAGGGUCGACGGGACCGACCCGGGCGUCACGGUCGUAUUCCAGGGCAGCGACAGUGGAGACGACGGUUUAAAGUACGGACAAGUGCUCCUCUGCUCCGGCGAUGCGGGCGUGGAGCGAGGGUCGUCGCUCAAAGGAACGCUGGAGGCGGAGCGGAUGGACGUCAGAAACAACAGAACGCACCUCAACGUCCCGUUUGACAAACUCAAAACCCUCCAUGUUCCGUUCUAUUCAUUGGACGAUGCCAUAGAAAGCGUGGCCAUGACGUCCCCCGUCGCCUUGUCUGGCGCCUCGGGGCUGGUGAACAUCACUCUGAGAUCAAACGGGUUCGACCUUCCAUCCGAGUUCAAGGACGGCAAGAGGAUAUGGCGAUGGCCCAACACGACAAUGCAGCGGGCUGAUGUCCAAGGAAAUGUGCACAUGGAUUUCAUGAAAUCCUUCUUGGAAGAUCGAAACCCAGACGACAACACCAACGCGACAUCCCGUCCGAGUGUCACGUUGAGUUUCGCCCUGAUCGGGGACCCGUGGACCGACUACCCCCUCAGCUGUACACCCUUCGAGAGGCUGCGGGCCCAGGGUGUACUGCCUCAAGCAGAUAGUGACCAUCUGGGCAGUGAAUACAAGCCGUACUUUCGUUGCUAUGACGAAAAGAACAGGAGGAGUGACGCCGUUACUCGACGGGUGGGAUGGAAGACCUGGCUCGCGGUGGCACUGGCUGUUGUUGCUACUGGGCUUGUCUAG